AUGGCUGCCAAGCCUCGACAACCCGGAAACUCGCCUCGGAAGUCGCUGAAGCAGAGCCUCAAAGACCUCUUCCUGCGCAGACUGCGGAAAUCCCCCAGUCCUUCUGUUGAGACCGUGGGUUCUGGAAUCCUACGCAAAGGGGUUCCGUCAAGCAGUUUCAUCUCGUCCGUCUACACCUUAGAUAAAUCCUUGCCCGAAUCGACCGACAGCCUGUGGAGUCUCGAUCAGUACACCAUCUCCCGUGCAAUACCCAACCGAUUUCAAACACCAACGAAGAGAUCGGAGAGCCAAAAUGCAGCAAGACAGUCUCUCCUGCCUGCUACAAGCCUCAGUCAGUUCAAUCUGCAUCAUGCGUACCUUCAACAAUCGGCAGGGCCCCAAAGGAUCGUCCACCAAGCCAUAUCACCGACCUUCACCUCACUCUUGAGCCAGGAAGCGAGUAUAGCGACAUUUUCGCCCAUCCCAAGCGCCUCAACCCUCAAACUACAAGACUCCCGUCCUAGUCUCAUGCACCGAGAUUCCUUCAAUGAGCUUCCAUGGCCGUCUCCAGGCCGAACCAUUCAGCAAAGCCAAGGACGAGGCAAGCAAGUUUCAUGGUUAGACUCUGCAACGACCAGUUCCAUCACCGUACCACACCAGUACCAAAUCCCGACCCUACCUGUGAAUAUCGAAGGUCGUGCUGGUGUCCGGCAAGUGGAGCACUUCAAAUCCUUCUGCGUACUGGACACAGCAAUGCCGGGAUGUCCGGUGGUUGCAACAUCCCAAGAACUGAGGUACAUCUUUGAGAUUGGCGAACACUUUUUCCUCAACAGCUGUGAAUGUGAGGGGACGUCUAUGGAUAUUGUCACCGGCCAAGACGCUGCCGGCGAUCCUGUCACUCAUCUUGUGCUCUUUACUCCUCUUGUCAUCCCUAGUAGUGGUCGAAGUCGGUUCAUGCUUGCCAGCCUAGUUGAUGUUACUCGAUUCAUUCAUGAUGCAGCGUCCCUUCCAGAACUCGAAGAAGUCUCCAAUAUUUCAACGGUCGAGAGUGGCCCGCAAACACCCUUGUACAAGCCAACGCCAAUGAAUUGGACCUCCGCGACAUACAAACUUUCCGCUGAGGAUCUCCUGGGAGGUUGCCUUUUGCCUGAAGACCGUGACACUCGGGCAAUCCCAACCAUGGAGUCAACAGACGAUAUCUGGGUAAAUUUGGCCAAUGAAGAAAAGAGUCGAACAUCAACCGCGAGAAACACUCCAAAAUCGACACACAGACGCGGUGGUACUUCCAGGUCUUCAGACGUCUCGCAGUUAUCUAAAACUAGCUGCACCGUGGACGAAGUGUUGGAUGACUUUAUGUCUAGCUUACAAGACCUGUAUUCAGACUUCUUCCUUUUGGGCAAAUCUCCGCUCGACGACACUUACUAUGAGAUCUGCAACGUCUCACCGAUGUUGUACGCAGCAAAGGACUAUGUCCACGGACAUCUCUCCCGGACAGGAAAACAAGGAAUCGCCGAGUUAAGUACUCGUCUAGGCCUAGGAUCGCCGUUCCAGGCUCAAGUCAGAUGGGGGCUAGAGGGUCGGGACAAACGUCUGUAUUGUAGUCCACUCUACGGGCACAAUUCCACCACGUGGAUCUGUUUCCUCGUGGACCCCGACACGCCAGAACUGUGGUAG